CUAAACGGAAAGGGAAACAACAGCAGGCAGGGAAUGAAGACUAUCGUUUAGGACAAAUUUUGAUGCUGCAGAUACAAAAUGGAGGACUGGCUGGAAAGACAUGCAGUUAUCCCCGACCUUACGAACCACCCCAUUUCCUCCCUACCGUCCCCUCUCCUUUCACUUUCCCCACCUCAAUAUAAACGAGACCAGAAGGAGAUCAAGAGGUGUUGUUGCUGAUAGCGUUUCAUUCUUCAGUUUGUCACCGGCAUUGUCUGUUGGUAAGGAGGUCUCGAUACUAAAAACCCAAGCUCUAUGGUUACCAUGAGAACUUUUGAGGACCUCAUCGAUGACCUAGGUGGGAUGGGGAGGUUUCAGAUUCUCCUCAUCAUCAGCGUCAUCUCUUGCCAGUUUUUCACGGGUUGGAGCAUGCUUCAGAUGUCUUACGCAGGGCUCAUCCCGUCCUUCCGCUGCAUUGUGGAGGAUUCAGUGAACGUCACCCGAAACACUAACCAAAGCCUCGACGUCUGCGAAGUGAACGGCACGGUCUGUUCCAGUUACGCCUUUUCUGGUCCUGCCCAAACCGUCAUCACUGAGUGGAACCUGGUCUGUGACAUGAAAUGGGUCAAGCCAACCAUCACAUCCGUGCAGAUGGGCGGGGUUUUGUUAGGGGCACUUCUUGCAGGACAGAUGAGCGACACAUUCGGUCGGAAAAAAUCUCUCUACGGUUUCAAUUUGUACCACAUUAUCAUCAACGUGGGAGCUGCGUUCUCUGUGUCAUGGAUAAUGUUCGUGGUCAUGAGAUUCUUCAUUGGUAUUGGUAUAGGAGCUAUCGUAGUCAUCGCCUUCACGUACCCUCUGGAAUUCUUGCCAAUCAAGUGGCGUCCUAUUCUCUCCAUUGUUCCAUCGUGGUCACUGGGCGUGGCCCUAUUCUCGGCCGCAGCUUAUAUUCUAGACAACUGGUCACAACUUCACUUAGCUUGCGGCAUUUUAUCGAUACCGUCUUUGAUAGGUUGGUUCUUUGUCCCUGAAAGUAUUAGAUGGCUAACACUACAGGGUAAUGUAAAAGACGCCGAAAAGGUUUUUGAGAAAAUAGCUAGAUCAAAUGGAAAGGAGGUUCCAUUAGAUACAAUGAAGGUUUUGCAGAGUAUCAUUGAAACAGAGAAUCAUUCGCGCGAGUUUGCAAGGAGCUACACAUAUUUUGACUUGUUUCGAAACCUUCGUAUGAUCAAACUCAAUUUGGUUCUUUGGCUGUUCUGGUCCACCUUAUCCCUUUCGUUUUACGGAAUUUCAUUUGGCGUCUCAAGCCUCUCAGGUAACCUGUAUCUGAAUAUAUUUCUACUGGCAGUUAUGGAACUUCCUGUUCGAAUGACAACAUUCGCUCUGAACAACCGAUUAGGUCGGAAGGUGACCACCUUUGGUUUCAUGACACUGUCGGUCCUACCUUCUGCAGGGUGCUUAUUAGCUUAUCUUCUAGCCCCAGAACCCAUUCGCGAUACAGCGGUCAAUGGCCUCAGUCUCAUCGCUAAAAUGAUGGUUGCCUCAGCGUGGUCAAAUGCUCAGAUCUGGACCUCCGAGCUGUACCCUACUGUGGUAAGAAGCCUGGGUUACGGCUUCGCGAAUAUGGGUGCCAGAGUCGGUGGUAUUGCGGCUCCGUUUGUCGUGAAUUUUGAUGAUAUGCCACUUGUUGCCUAUGGCGUCAUGACAGUCUUAUUAGGAGUCUGCACGGUUCUUACCUUAACUUUGGACGAGACAAAAGGCAAAGUGCUCUCAGACAGUUUCGGUGCCGAUACGGACAUCAAGACUACUGAACCUCAACAUGACAAGGGAGUUGACAAAAACGGUGAAGUUAUGGGCGUUUUUGAUAAAGCUACGGAACAAAAUUUAAAAUCUGACACUUGUACUAGAUUUUGACAGUUUUGUGAGGAGUAGAUCUAUACUUAUCCACAAAUUUCCGCUUUAUAAAAGGUAUCUUUUGUUAAAGAACUGGUGCUCAAAGCGGUUUAAUGGAGUCUUUUUUGUUCUCCCAACUAAUCGUGGAAAUGGCAAACAUUGGUGGCACCACGGGAUCUUUUAAAAAGUGUUUUAAUUUAAACAGUGCUCUUUGAUAAACUGUGGUGACCGAGGAUUAAUUGUCUUGAUAAAAAAGGUUUUCCGAUGGGGCCAGUUAAUAUCUGUUAGCUUCUAAGAGUUUCUUUUUCCUUGUUUCUUUAGAAAUAUUAAAGAGUAGCAGCUUCUUGUAGAGGUCUGCACACCCGCCCCAUAGUCUGGGAUGUCGAGGGUUGAUCAAAUAUAAGUCCCACAGGAUUUCUUUCCAGUCACUUCUCAUAGCGAAUGGUUAAUUGGAGAUGGACUUUGAAUUUGGGCUGGUUAUCAAAUUGUUAAAUAACAGUAAUAUGUA